AUGUCAUUAUCAUUUCCCCCUCAAUCACCAUUUACAUUACCUAAAAUUCGUCGUAUUGUAAAACCAGUUUUAACACCAGAACAAGAACAAGCAGCAAAAUCAACAAAAAUAACAUUAUUAUCUACAUCGUUAUCACAAGGGGAAUAUUUAAAGAUUUUUGAAAGGCUUAAUUGUGCUAUUUAUUGAGUUUUUUAUUGGAUGAUUCCUUUACCACAAUCUAUAAAUAUGUCAGUUGAAAAACAACAACAAUUUCAACAAGUCAUGCAAGUUAUGGAUCAUAUCGUUAAAAAUAAUGGUUUCAUACAAUUUGAUCGUUAUGACAUAUGGCAACGACGUAAAGAUUUAGUAAUAUCAGGUACAGGUCAUUUUUCUUUACAUGGAGAGAAGAAUAAAUUCUAA